UUUGUUUAUUUGGUUCUAAUUUUUUGUGUUUUACUUUGUUUGAUAAAUUUUUGUCAACUGAUUCUUUAAUAAUGGUUGAGAAACAUUUUACCCAAUUUCGGUGACUUGGAAGCAAAGUAAACCCCAAUGAAAAAGAUGCAAAUUUUCACUAUUUUAUAUUCUUAAUGGUUUUCUACAUCACUAUAAAGAAUAAUACUAAAGAAAGAGACCAGACUAGUUUAGUGCAUUCUUUUGUAGUAGCAUAGUGAAAAGCAAUGAGAAAUCAGCCACACACACCCAAAAGAAGGAAAAAAAAAAAAAACUAGUUCACUAUAUGUUAUAAAAAGAAAAAGAAAAGGAAUAAAUAAAUAGUUUACCGAGGAUUAAUAAAAUUAUGAUAAGAAGGUUACCUCCAAUUAUGUUUUAAUUUCCUAUUUGGAAGCAUUAUUAAAACAGUGCCAAUUAUAAUUUCCCCAUACUUUAUUCUCUAUAGACCUGAUAUAAAGACAAGCAUCCUCAGUUGUAAAGGUGCUCCUACCCUUAAACCACCUGAUAAAGCAUAGUUUCAUAUAAGCAAAUUCCAGAGAGAGAGAGAGUUACUAGAUAUGGCUGUUGACAUUCCAUCUUGUGAUCCAUCAGAUGAUGACUAUAUAGACAUUGAAAUUGGUUCCUACACUAACUUUCGCUGCUGCUCCAAAAGCUCGCCGCGACAAUCCAGAGAGUUCGAGUUUCAAAUGUCUUUGAAUUCUCGAGGGAGAGAGCCAACGACUUCUCCAGCUGAUGAGCUCUUCUACAAUGGGAAGCUUCUUCCCCUUCAUCAUCCCCCACGCCUGAAAAUGAUAGAGAAACUCUUGCAAAAGUCUAGUUCCGAUUAUGAUUACAGAAAAGACACGUUUGAAGAAUUUUACACCACUCCAUUAACCACUUCAGUCAAUACACCUACCAGUACUCCUUUUGACUCCUGCAACAUUUCUCCUUCCGAAUCUUUUCGGAUUAGUAGGGAGCUAAAUCCGGACGAAUAUCUUCUAGAGUAUUCAGCAGAUGUGAGCUAUUUGAAUGGUGAAAGUUCGAAAAAGUCCUGGACCAAAAAGCUUAAGUAUUCUACCCUUUGUCUCAAGCUGAAAGCUUCCAGGACUUACAUCAAAUCUUUUUUUACCAAAUCAGGUUGCUCAGAUGAGUCCUGCGCAGCAGCUGCAAAGAUUGCACAUGAAGGAUCAGCCUCAAAGCCCAAUGAAUGUUCAAAAAAGGGAGCUAAAGUGGAAAAGAGAAAGCCAUUUGGACCAAUUUCGAGCUCUAUCGCCAAUUCCAACAAAGACAAAGGCAAUACGGAAAACAGUAGUCGCAACAGAAGAUCAUUCUCAAUGGUUAUUAAGAGACAACCAAUUAUCAAAUCAUUGUCUUCUGCACCAUUACAUCCCACUUCCUCUUCAUGUCCAAACAUUUCAAGCGGGAAUUACCUAAAGAGAUGUGGGAGUGUGAAUUCAGAGAUUGAGAACUCAAUUCAGGGAGCAAUUGAACACUGCAAGCAGUCUCAAUCUCAGCAACCAUUGCGUUCAAGAAAGACAGUUAGUGAAGUUGGGAUUUACUUAUUAUCAUCUUCAACCCUUACAGUUUCUGAUGAUCAGGAAAUACCAGAACUUGGCAGGGGAUGAUAGAGACUGAUAGAGAAUAAGAAAGUACAGACCUAUAAGAUAUUAAUGACAUCUUAGUUCUUCUUAUAAGAUUCCUGUCUUGGGGUAUGCUAUAAGUCAACGAAAAAUGUUGUUCAUGGCUAUCUGUAAUUUGUACUGUUGAGUACAACAUGUAGGACUUUAUGAAAAUGCAACACAAGAUGUCUGUCUCAAACAAUUGCAGCAA